AUGCGCAGGAAGAGGAGAGCUCCGGGACCUGAGAGCAGGAUCUCCGACUGGCUCAGAGACUCAACCACAGGCAGAGCUUAUGCUGGGCGCUUGAUUAAGGAUUUCAGACUCCCUUUCUUCUUUCUGGUUUCCGGGAAGCUCUCAGAGCUUGGACAGAACAUUCAGAGCAGUGAGGUUCUGUUCGAGGUUGCUGAACAGCAGGACCUGAUGCCGACAGAUCCUGCUGUUCCAGUGCACACAGCUGAUGAACUGGACCCCAACACCCCCAACAGUGAAGGCCUGACCCCUCUGGAGAUUCCCAUCAUGACCAACAACGCCCCUAUAGCCAAACUGUUGCUCAAAGCAGGAGGAAAGGAGAGCCCUCACUUUAUAAUGUUGGAGAGCAGAGAUGCUCCAUCUUCAACGCUGGUGCAGGAAGCCCAGAGAGCCAGCGAGCUGUCCACCCAGGUGAUGAGAGAAAGUCCCAGCCUGGAAACAUCUGACAAGGAAAAACAGCUCAAAGCUUGGGAAUGGAGAUGCAAAUCCCAUGCUUAACAAGACGGGAUCUCGAGCAUGCACGCAGUUCAGCCUCAUGCCUAACCUUCAGAGAAACCACUUUUAUUAAACACUUCAUCCUCUUCCAUUAGUCUGUCCCAAAAAUAUAAUGUUGAUAACCGGGCUGCUGUAAUUUGAUGUUAUACUGUGGAAUGGAGCUGUUUGAAGGACUUCUUAUUAGCCGGAGAGAUGAUCCUUGAGAAUCUGCAGUCCCUGAAAUGCAUUAAUAGCAGGUCUUACCACGGGUAGACAAUACUCGUUCAAGUCUCCGCCUACAAUAUGAAAGGCUGGGCGGCACAACCCUCUCAACCUCCCUCUGCUGUUCCCUCCAACUGGAAGGACUGCGAUGGGGAGAGAGAGCCGGAGGAGAGGUCACGUGAGGCUAUGGAGAGGCUUUUACAGCAGGUUCGAGCCACACACCAGCACUACUGCUGUGGAGACACAUCAAAGUUGCAGAAUCCAAGUCGUAAACAGUCAGUGUCCCGAAGCCUGAAACACCUUUUUCAUUCCUCUACUAAAUUUGUCAAGAGUCUCAAAAGGGGAGUUUAUAUAGCAUCAGUAUUUUACCAUAAGGACAGUCUGCUAGUGACUAAUGAGGAUCAGAUCCCCAUAGUGGAGGUGGACGACUCAUACAGCAGCUCCCUCAUGCAGGACUUUCUGUGGUUCACCAAGCUGUCCUGUAUGUGGGAAGACGUCCGGUGGCUGAGACAGAGCCUGGCAGUCUCCACCUCUUCCUCUUCUACUCUGCAGUCCAGACAGAAGAUGCUGGCGGCACGCGGGCCAACUGCAGGUUUGCCAAAUCUUUUGGGCACUCACAAUUUGGGCCGAGUCCACUAUGAGCCCAUUAAGGAUCGUCAUGGGAAUGUGCUGCUUGUGACUGUGAGGGAGAUGGAUAGCCUCUAUUCCUUUUUCAAUGGGAAAUGGAUGCAGGUAUCCAAAUUGCAGAGUCAGAGAAAGUCUCUGUCCACUCCUGAGGAACCAUAUGCCCUGGACAUCCUCCUCAUAACCAUACAGGACAUUCUGGCCUAUCAGAGACGAAGUCAGCACCGGCUGUCCUCAGGGCUUUAUCUUGGUUACUUGAAGCUCAGCAGCUCUGUGGACCAGAUCAAAGUUCUGGUUCCUCAACGUAUGCCCAACAUGCUCUGCCACACCAAGAUACGAGACAACUGGAAUGUGUCAAGGGAUGAGUGGGAAUGGCUUCAGUCACUGUCUGGCCCUGUGGAGGUGGAAACAGCAGAUCAGGCUACAGACUGCCUCCUCUUCUCUGAGCUCCAGACGGCCAUUAAGGGUCUGCUGCACCAGAUCAAUCUACCUCUCCACCAGGCCAAGCACUUCCGUCUCUACACACACGAGGUGCUGGAGCUGGGUCACAAUGUGUCCUUUCUUCUGCUGCUGCCCGCCUCAGACGACGUUUGCUCUGCCCCGGGACAGACCAACCCCUACACACCACACUCGGGGUUCCUCAACCUCCCUCUUCAAAUGUUUGAGCUCGUUCACUUCUGCUCAUAUAAGGAGAAAUUCAUCAGCCUUUACUGCCGGCUGUCCUCAGUGCUGGACCUGGACGCUCUAAUUACCCAGCAGGCUUUUAGAGAGGCCAUCACUGACUCAGAGGUGUCCACAGCCAAACAGAGACACCAGCACAUAUUGGACUACAUUCAGCAAUUGGACGAGAUGUGGCGAGACGUCCGCUGGAUCACCAAUGCCCUGCAGUACGCCCGUUAUAAACAGCCUCUCGGUUGGGUGCCAAUCACCUGGCUAGUAGAUGUCAGCGUGGAGCCUCCUGUCCAGAAGAAUGACUCCACGUCCUCUAACACAGACUACGUGCCUCCCUCGCCCUCUCCAGAAAUGAGGAGGCGAAAGCCAACAAUCGAUUCCCAACCAGGUUCAGAUGAAGAGGGCUGUUCGGAGGUCUUUCUCCCAACAGACAGUGACUACGACUCCAGCGACGCUCUGAGCCCUCGUGACCUGGACUUAGUUUACUCCUCAGCCCAGGAUCUCUCCCAUCAGGCCGUGCACGUCCUCAGCGGUAGCGCUCCUGGCGUUCUCCAGAUGCACGAUCUCAAAUACAGCGCGUGCUCCAAAUCCAUUCUGGAAACCGAAUCGUGCACCAAGGACAUGGAGGACCUGUCGCUGUCCUCUUACUCUGUGAAGACCACAGACAAGCCGUCCCGCUGCAAGUUCCUGGCCGAUCCACCAACGAAGCGCAUCUACACCCGACAGAGCGACAUCGACCUGCCGCUGGAGACGCCACUCUCCCUACCGCACUCGCCCACUACCUCCUACAGUUUGGAUGAGUACAGACCGCCCUACAGGAGUCUAAGCCCAACGUUCGCAGGAUCUUUGUGGAGUCGUGCAGCAAGACGUCACCCUGCAGAGAUGCCCGCACUGGGAGGAGGAGGAGACGGGAUUGAGAGGAGCUACGGCUAG